AAAAACGUGCACCUUUCCCUUGGGCUUCUGUCUCAUCAGUCACCUCAGGUAAAUCUCCUCCUGAUAGGGAAGUGACGCGAGUGUCAACAACAACAAGCGGUUUGCUAGCGCCUGCUGGAAAACUGAAAACUUAAUCGAUAUCUAUAAAGGCCGAUCACUGGAAGCUUGUUCAAAACACCCGUAGCUACGACACAUAACGUUUCCCUCUGCGCAGUGGGUGAAGUUUGGAGGUGGGCGAUUAGCGGAGUGAUGAGCCGUGGAGUGAGCCGACACGGUGGCUGAGCAGAAGCGGAGAAGUCCGAAUGGAGUCCGCGGUCAGAUGAGUCGGCCGGACAGACAGCGGGGCUGGAGCCGAGCGCUGUUUCAGAUAACUAACCAACGGUUAACGGAGCUGACUCAGUAGCAUGUACUGAAUGUAGCACUCAUUGUGAAAUGUCAACAUUUAACGAGCUAUAGUAUUACAUCCCAAGGCAAAGCCCAACGGUGUCUUAAAAAUUUAAUGGGCCAACCAGUAUUCUUUACUGGCUAAUGCUACUGCUGCUAGCCUAGCCAGCUCGUGUUUAAUACUGCGUCGUAUUUACUUACCUCGCCGACUAUCUAAAGUAUUGUUAAACAGUAUAUGAAAGACUAAAUAGAUUCUUUAACAGACUGGAAACACAUUUUUUGACAGGCAGGGAUCUUAUUUGGGGGAGAAAAUGCUGCUGUUUUAGUGUAGCUUCCAUAGCUAACGUUAAUUAGCUUCGCUGGUGAAACUUGUCAAUGCGUUUAUGUUGCAGCAUUUUGCUAGCCAUGUUUAGGCAUCCAGGUUACUCUGCUCUAUUACCAUUCAAAAACAGUUAAGGAUUUUUGUUGUGGGGCAAAUCUUUAUUUGUAAAACUAGGAUAACAUUGUCAGGUUUGACAAGUUGGUUAGCUUAGCCAUCUACCUCUGUUAAACUCUUCGUUGGUCCCAGUCGCUUAUAAUGAAAAACUGCGAAUAUCAACAAAUCGACCCCCGAGCUCUCGGAACACCAGCCUCAACGCCAAGCUCCACUCUGCCAUGUGCGAAGAAAAAUGCUCAUCGUCUGCGACGAAAAUGGGAAGUUUUCCCCGGCAGAAAUCGCUUCUACUGUGAUGGACGCAUCAUCGUCGCCCGGCAGUGCGGUGUACUGCCUCUGACACUCGGCCUUAUUCUCCUCACCAGUGGCUUAUUCUUCGUGUUUGAUUGCCCCUUUCUGGUGGCUCACCUCACUGUCUGCAUCCCUGUGAUUGCCGGCGUGCUGUUUUUGUUUGUGGUCAUCACUCUUCUUCAGACCAGCUUUACAGACCCAGGGAUCUUACCAAGGGCUUUACCAGAAGAGGCUGCUGACAUAGAGCGUCAAAUCGAUAACUCCGGGUCGGGCACAUACAGGCCACCACCACGUACUAAGGAAAUCCUUAUUAACGGACAAGUGGUCAAACUCAAAUAUUGCUUCACAUGCAAGAUGUUCCGCCCACCCCGUACUUCUCACUGUAGUCUUUGUGACAACUGUGUAGAGCGUUUUGACCACCACUGCCCAUGGGUGGGGAAUUGUGUUGGGAAGCGCAACUAUCGCUUUUUCUAUACCUUUAUAGUCUCAUUGUCCUUUCUCACCUCCUUCAUUUUUGGAUGUGUGAUCACACAUCUCACUUUACGAUCACAAGGUGGAAGAGGUUUUAUUCAAGCCUUACAGGAAAGCCCAGCCAGUGUCGUCGAGCUGGUUGUUUGUUUCUUCUCCAUCUGGUCUAUUCUGGGCCUCUCUGGCUUCCAUACAUACUUGGUAGCCUCCAACCUCACAACCAAUGAAGAUAUAAAAGGCUCUUGGUCAAGUAAAAGAGGAGCAGAAGAUUCAGGGAACCCUUACACCUACAACAGUAUCUUCACUAACUGUUGUGUGGUGCUGUGUGGACCCAUGCCUCCCAGUUUGAUUGACAGAAGAGGCUUUUUACCUCCGGAUGUGAUCCCUCAAACUGUCAACUCUGAUACUGAUCUUCAUCCUUUCAUGUCUAAGAAUGACACCAACAUGUGCACACAGGGAACUAAGGAGCUUCUGGAGUCAGUUGCUCACUCUUCACUGAUCCAGAGCACCUGCACCCCAGCAACACCUAAGACUGCCCUGGUGACCCAGGAGAGUCUCCUCAGUACUGUCUCCAGCACUCUGUCAGCAUCUAGUAGGCCCCCGCCUACUGGCUGCUCAGGACAACAGGCUCGCCGCCCCAUGGACAAGUCUUGCCCUCCGAGAGGGAGCAAACGGGCCUCCCUCCACACACAUAAAGCCAGCUUCCGUCUGCCCAGUCCACCAUACUCGCUCAGCCAUAGCCCUCUCAUUCUCAGUGAUGCUCCUGAUGUUGGCUUUAUCCCACUGACUUGAGGAUAGCUAAACCACCCCUGGCAGACACGGCACAGUUCAUUCACUCUUUUUUCUGUGAAUACCCAUGUACUGUUACCAGGUAGCUGAGAAGAAGGCUUUUUUUUUUUUUAACUCAGGGUUUUCUCAGGAGAAAUGCCAUUUUGGAGAAGUAGAGAAUAACCUCUUGACUUAAGACUUUUAAUGAACAAUUUUGUGAAACAGCAAACAGAUCUGAGGAAUAAGUACAGCGGCCUCUUUCAUCUGCAUAAACUGAGUAAUGAGAAGCACAAUACAUGUUUUAUGAAAAAUGAUGCGUCCUGCUUUGUUCACAGUGAUCACAGCUAGGGUAUCAAAAGGGUAUCAAAAUAUAAUACUUUUAUGGUACCGACGGAAUUACUAAAAUACUGCCGAGUAUCAAAGUAUUCUUUGUCAUUCAGUACUGAAUUUCAGUACCUAAGUAGUCAUAUUAUUCAUAUUAUUCAUAUUUCAGUGUAAUUUGAAAGAAUGUAUUGAAAAAGUAUUGUUCUAAAAUCAAUGUCAAAAUUAAGGUAUCUGAAUUGGUAUCAAUGUCGAAAAUAUUUUUGAUACCCAGCCCUAACUGACAUUUGGUGUUCCACUAAGCCUUGAGCCAUGAUAAAGCCUUUGUCCAUUUGCUUGCAAUCAUAGCAAUAAUUUUAAUUUAAAGACUGGACUUUAAGACUAGGGAUGUUUUAUUUCACAUGUACAGCCAAACAACAGACAUCUGCCAUGUAACCAUUUGGGGGUGAAGGGUCAGGGGUGAGUGUGAAAUGGUGAAAGAGAUUAGUGACCGAUUUGAAUUUGUAAAUGAGUGGUCAAGUAUAGGAUAUGAUGAUGGUUGUGUCUGUUUAUUAGGAGUAAAAGUGCAUUUGUUAGUCAGGAAUAUAAUCACUGGACCUCCUUUAAGAUAUGAUGUCAAGGGCAGUGGUCCUCAAACUUUUUAAUUUCAGCAUUAAAAUGAUUACACUAGCAAAUGUGAACCUCAGCAUACUCGCUUGAUUAGAGAGAUGCGCUUGUAGUCAGAUGCAAAGCUUUGUGGGAUGUGGUUGAGCUGAGCAAGAGGAGGGAAAAGUGAUCUUCAGCUUGCAGACCAACACUCAAGAUGCAGAACUUUACUAAUGUGGACUAAUUUUUUUACAGACCAAAACAAUGGUCCUCAUUACCAACUGUUCUUAAGGAUAAAUUCUGCAGUUUUUCAUGAAAAUUUUGACAUUCACCAAUGUUUACUUAUUUUGGAUUUGUUCUUGGGUAAGAACAGAAUCUACGCACACUCAAGAGCAUAAUGAUGUGAACAAUUCUGCGGUUUAAGAACACAUUAUAAGUCUGACGUAGAGUUUUUCUUAGAACUUUUCUCAAGAACAGGACAAGAUAUUGGUGAAUGAAGCCCUUUGUUCUUUAAUAGACAUUUAUGUAUGUGUAGUUUAUAUUUAAGCUUGUUGACCCAAGUUUGAGAACCACUGUCUAGAAAAUUUUUAUGUGAACUAGAAAGAUUCUUAUAUUUUUUGUAUGUCUAGAGUGGUCAGUAAUUGUUAGAGUUUACUGAACAAGAAGUGUUACAUUCAGAUAUUAAGCUAGUAUGUUAAAGAGUGUAAUAGUUCUGGAACAUAAAAAUAUGAUAAGCUGGUGACUUACAGGGGGUAUAUAAAGUCAUGGAAACACAAGGUAAUAUAUGGAUAUAAGUUGAGUUAAGCUGACUUGUCUUUAAAACAGCUUCAGAUGAUGAACGUUCAGGAGAAGGCUGUAUGGGUUCACUGCUUUAUUUUUAAUUAUUAAUUAUUUAUUAAUUAUUUAAUUAUUGAUUAUAUAAUCAGUGAGAAUGUCAUGUAGUUAUUGCUUUUUACAUGUUGGUUGUAGGGGAUCAAAUAGCCCCUUUUAUGUGAUAUUUUCAUUACUUUGUCCAUUCCCUGUAAGUCUGAGUGACUGUAUAGCAUAGCUAAUGCUAAAAGUUUAA